AGUUAAGUCUGACUAUUACUCAGUCAGAUAUAUGUAGCAAAUAAGAAAACACAUUCUUCUUUCUUUUUUUAAUUUGACUUGUUGAACAAACCAAAUGAUUCCAUGAAAAUCACCUUCUACAAAAGGGCUAGUCUUGAAUUAUGAGAACAUAAGCUAAGAUGGCAGAGGUGAAACUGCACGGAUUUUGGUAUAGUCCUUUUACUUUUAGAGUAGUAUGGGCACUAAAUAUGAAGAGUAUACCAUAUGAGCACAUAGAAGAAGAUCGUUUCAAUAAGAGUCCUCAACUUCUUCAAUAUAACCCUGUAUACAAAAAGACUCCCGUGCUUGUUCAUGAUGGAAAACCCAUAUGUGAGUCCAUGCUCAUUGUUGAAUACAUUGAUGAGAUAUGGCCACAGAAUUCAUUGCUUCCUGCUGAUCCCUAUGACAGAGCUCAAGCCCGGUUUUGGGUUAAAUAUGUUGAUGACAUGUUUCCAGGAAUUGUGGCGCUCCAGAGUAGCAGAAACGAUGAAGACCGAGAGAAGGCAAAAGAGAUUAUACGGGAGAGACUCGGAGUUGUUGAGGAUCGGUGUCUGGGAGAUGAGAGGAAAUUCUAUGGUGGAGAUGCCAUUAACAUUGUAGACAUAGCUCUUGCAUCUUUUGUCAAAUGUAUUGAGGUUCAAGAGGAUAUGUUUGAAGUGAAGAUCUUGCAAAGUGAGAAGUUCCCUCGCUUGAAAUUAUGGUUUAAUAAUUUCAAGGAUGUUCCUAUCAUAAAAGAAAAUAGUCCUAGUAAAGAGGAACUGGUGGCUUGUUUAAAGCCGCUUAUUGAAAAAAUCUUGGCAAAGGCAAUGAUGGCUUCUUGAAAUCAUAUAUCAUCAUGGGUCAUAUUGGUGGAAUGUACAUUACCCAUCUUUUUGUGAUGGGUAGAGAAGUUGUCCCAUUCCUUUAUAUUGUCUGGUUUCUUUUGUUUUAAUAUUAAGAGUAUGUACUCAAGUUUAUUAAAGUUAUGUUUGGCUGAUUACCACCUUAUACUUUGGUUUUCCUCCAAAAUAGAGGUAUUUGGUGUAAGAAUAUUUAAUAAUAUAAUUUAUAAUAUGACUCGUGUGAAGAGGUAUUAUGAAAGAGUGAUCUUUAAAUAAUAUGAAAAGAUGUUAUUUAAAAAACA